AUGGAACAAUUGCUUGCUCCCCCUCUUUUCCACGGCAAGGGCAGAGAUCCUGGAGGUGGUAAAUCAGCUAUGGAUAUCAGCGCCAAGCUCGCCAAUGAAGGCAGAAGGGUUGUCAACGUGUUCCAAAAAGCAGAUGUGUUCCUCGCUGCCAAGACCAAGCUUCCCGACAUUAUUCGGAAAGGGCGGCUGCUCUCUGUGUUUUCCCCCCAUAUUGUUCUUAGAACACGUUUGGAACGCUUUCUACACACGACGGCACUCGGGAGCUGGAUUACGAGGAAUUUCUGGAACAAGCUUGAACAGACGUCGUUUGACUCUUUCGCUCUCCCGAAAGACUCGCCCCUCCGUAAUACAUCCUCCAACUUCUGGGGAAUUCGGAUCAACGAUGAAGGGAGAGUGAACCCCAAGAACUACUACUCCCUCGUGAAUGCCGGUCAAAUCGAACUUGUAGCGCCAGCACGCGCUCUAGGUUUCACAGGGGAUGGGAAAUCGGUCAGGCUCAGCAAUGGCCAAGAAGUUACCGCCCAAGUCGUCAUCCUCGCUACGGGAUGGAAGAGCUCGUGGACGCAGAUAUUUGACGAAAGUACAAUGGAGGAGCUUGGGCUUGGACGACAUCCUCCGACUACUGACGUUAGCAUAGCGGCACACAGUUGGGAUUACAAGACACUGGAAAGCGCUCCUACUAUGCAUCCCGAGAAUCAAGUACAGAAAUGGGUAACCUCUGUUUAUCGUGGCCUUGUCCCUGGCAAGAACAUCAACAAGCGCGACUUCGCAAUCGCCGGCGCUAUCUUCACCGCGAAUAACGGGUACACGAGCGAAGUCGCCGCCCACUGGAUCUCGUCCUAUUUCCAAGGAGAUCCCAUGCGCAUUCCCUCUUCGCCGGAAGAAGCCAUUGCCGAGGCUGAACUGAGGUCGGCUUGGAUGAGGAGGAGGUACCCGAACAUGUGCUCCUGGGUAAACGAGAGCUACAGCAGCACGCUCGACUUCUGGACCUGGCCUCAAGCAGUGGACGAGCUGCUGGAAGACAUGCAUCUCCCGAGCAUGAGAAGUAGCGGGAACUUCUUCACUUGGCCAUUCAAAGUCAUCGACUUGAAAGAGAUUUCGACGCUCGGAGAGGAGCGGCGGGCUAAUCGAGAGCGAGCACGAAGUUUAUGA